UCCGGCGCUGUCGUCAUGCUCCGCGGAGUUCGCGCACGCCAGAUCAGAUUCAGAGAUCCGUUUCACGGCGGCUGAUCCCGUGGCGAUCCGCGAAACGACGACCAGUAUUAUCAAUCGGCGUUGUUGUCCUCGGGCGCAACGGGGUUCCUGUCGUCGUCCCCGUGAUAAAUCCUCGCCCGCCGCGCGAAGCGUCGCCUCGGAAAGUCACAGGAGACACUUGCGGGGAACGUCUUAACGAACGAAAGCCGUCACGAGAGAAGAGAGAACCGCGGCCCGAACGGAACGCUCGCCUAACCGCACAGUUCGCAGGACGGACUCGUACGACGAAUUCCAGUCGUUGCAAAAUCGUGCUUUCUGGAAGGUUAAGCUUGACGUCGACCCCUCCCCCGGUCCCUGUCGGCGCUGCGAGUUUGAAGUUUGCCUCGUGGAAGCUCCACGUGCGCUUGGCUCGGAAAGCUUAACGUCCCCGACAACCGCUCGGAAGCAUGGCAAAGUGGGGCGAGGGCGAUCCACGCUGGAUUGUGGAGGAGAGGCCGGAUGCAACCAAUGUUAAUAACUGGCAUUGGACGGAGAAGAAUGCCUGUGCAUGGUCGCAAGACAAGUUGAAAGAACUUCUUGUAAAUUUAAAAAUCGAGGGAGACGGAGUAUUAUGUAAAAUAUCAGAAAUGGAAAAAUGUGAAGGCGAGGCGGUAGCAAAUAAUAGGAAAGGGAAACUUAUUUUCUUUUAUGACUGGAAUAUUGUUUUAAAAUGGAUAUCGGAGGGAAAAUCCAGUGAAAACAUUGAGGGUAAAAUUAAUAUUCCUAAUCUCUCUGAGGAAAAUGAUAUCAGUGAGGUAGAUAUUGAAGUUACAUUAAAAGAUAGCACGGAUGAAGGGGAGAGAAUAAAACAAUUCUUACAUACUAAAGGCAAAGACGCACUAAGAGAAAAAUUAAAAAAAUAUGUAUCUUCCCUGAAAGAAGAAUUUACGAAAGGAAUGAUACUUCCCAAAAAAGAUAAUGUAAAGGAAAAUAUUUCAAAUAUAACAUCUGGUUUCAAUGUUAAGAUGCAAAUGAAUGCUGCAGUGACACCAACGAACAAUAAUAAAACAGCAAGUAAAAUCUCAACUACUACAAUUAAGCAAAAUAUAAAAUUCCAAUGCAAAGCGGAAGAAUUUUACAACGUUCUCUCUACGAUCGAGAUGGUACAAGCUUUCACGAAGAACCCGGUAAAGCUAGAGCUGAAGGAGAAUGGUCAAUUCGAGCUCUUCGGUGGCAAUAUUCACGGCGAAUUCCUGGAGAUUACACCAACGAAGAUUGUGCAGAAGUGGCGUUGUAAACAGUGGCCGUCCGGACAUUUCAGUAAUGUAACGAUCGACAUCUGUGAACGGAACGAUCACACUGAGGUCAAUUUAACGCAGAUCGGUGUCCCGGUGAGCGAGGAGCUCUCUACGAAGGAGAAUUGGGACAGGUAUUACUGGGACGCCAUAAAGCGGACCUUCGGCUUCGGGUACUUCAUGUGAUCUAAAUUCACUCUAAUGGAUAUUUAUUUAUUGCUAAGUAGAACAAUCGUGGAAAUUGCGUGCAACCACACGCAAUCGCGCGAGCGCUUGACUUCUGCAGGGACAUAGACGGAUCUAUGACGCGCGGACGGAAAGGAAGCGUGUAAGGUUUACUCUGUUCUUUCUCUUCAUAUAUUUGGUACCGCCUUGCGUAAAAUAUUUGAAAUUAAUAAAAAAAAACUUGAAAUCGCUGCGCGCUGCUGUCAGUGCCGCGCGAACAUUACAAGUGACUUGUAUGUCUCUACCUAUUAGAUGUGUCUGUCUAAUAAAUCAUGAGAUAAGGAUCGAUGAUUUUUUUAAUCUGUUCUUUCCAUAUGAGAAUGACCGACGUAUCGUCAAAUCUUACUCCUCUUAAAUAACAAUGAUGGCAGCUUGAAGCAAGUCAUUAAAUAGAUAUUUUGUUAUAGCUGUAAACUUCGCGUAUUCUUUUAUUAAAAAAAAAAAAGAGUUUGUAACGCAAUCAGUCUUCUCAUAAAAAGAACGGACAAUUUUUUUAUAUAAUAAAAAAAUUAUAACAUUAUUACUUCUCGUUGUUUCAAUGCAGCUGAUGUCACAUAUCAUAUUUGACUAAAUAAAUCAAGUUUUUGAACGC